AUGAAGAAUGAAAAGCAAGACAUAAUCAAAGGACUACGGCUCAUAGAACGGCUUCCAGAUGAUGUAAGUUAACUGGCAAAAACUAUUUUAGCUUUGUUAAAAGCUAUUUAAACAUGACUCUCUACCCUAGUCCUACCACAUUGUCUUACUUCUGCCACUGAAUUACCCUCCCCUUACUAUAGCUCUGCCUUCACCUUACCCUAAGCUUUAUAACUUGAAUAUCUUUCAGGUAAUCUACCUAAUCACAAAGAAACUGAACAUCAUUGAUGUUAUAACCGUUUAUCGUGCCCUAAAUCAACCAACAAGUUUUUCGAUUCUGAAUCAACGAUUUUAUCGCUCUUGCAUUGAAAACAACCUCAAAUUGGACAAAAACCAAAGCCCUAUCGACGUGCUUGACAAUUUCGUACAUUCAAUAACCACAAAGGCCUGUUCUUCAUCUACUACAACUUAUGGAAGGCUUAAUAGCUCAUUAACAUUUCAAAACGACGAAGAAGUAGCUUCAGGGUAUAAAGAAAGAACUACAAGAUCAAGUUCAAAUGCCUCAUUGAUUCAUGAUAGAAGAAACCAUGGUAGAAGACCCUUACAUUCAUGUAUCACAGAGUUCUUAAGCCAGCUAUCUACUGCUUCCAAGAAAAACGUCUUACUACGCUUCAAGUUGGCCAAAAACUAUCAAAAUUACCCAGAAAUUAUGGUUAUCAAUUCAGAAGUAGACCACAAGAAACGAGAAGUUAGCUACUGGCUAGGCUACAGCUUUUAUCAUGAUGAUGAACAUCAAGACUGUAGUUAUUACGAUGAUGAUGAAUAUCUAGGCUAUAACGACGAUCAUGAGCAAUACUUUGAGUCCUCAAUAGAAGUAAGGUCUCAAUUUUAGACUAAAAAUAACCGACUGUUUGAUAAAUACAAACUGAAAACCUAAUUUAUAUUAAAUACUAACACGAUUAACUAACCUAAACUUUCAGUUAUCCACCGAUUUCAACAAGUUUUCCUGUUGUUUUGACAAAAACUCUGGUAUAUUGUACUACACGGAACCCUGCGAAACCCCAUCAGGCUCAUUUAGCACCAAAAUCAUGAGCAAAAAAUUGACAAACAACUCAGAACCUACUACAAUAUGCACGCUCAAUGAAUUUUCUCUACUUCCUCCGGAACUCUACGUUACUUACGACAAAUUAUUAAUAGUUGUUAUACAUGGACAAAGAGUUACUCUAACGCAAUUUGAUCUUGUGUCAAAGAAAGUGGCCUUUACAGAUGUUAAUAUCGGGAAUAAUGCAAGAUUUUUAUCAAUAACUGAUCAUUUUCUUUGAUAACUUUAUUUAAAAACCCUAGAAUUUAUAAAAUACAACGUAUUUUACAAUUAUAUUAAUUUUUUACAGCUAAAACGUGUAAUACAAUGUAAAACAACAAUUACCUUAUUAUUUGACAAGCUGAUAUUGAUUUAUCAUUGUGAAGGUAACAAGAUCAUUGAGAGGGACAGAAUUUGUUGUAGACCAAUUCUUUUGAACCGUAAUUCAAUAGUUUACAUCACUAGCUACUGGCCAAAGAAUAACGUGAAGCUCUACAACAUUAAUGUAGGUUACCUUUUCAUGUCUUCAGUUCCUCCAAAAGAUCAUUAUCUCUUUACGAAGAUUCACAUCGGAACAGAAAGUGUAAAAAAAUCAAUCUCCACCAUCUACUUUCCUUCAAUUACCUAAAAAUCAAACACAAUAACAAAAAAACGUACGAUAUUGGGUUAUAUCUAUCUUUCAGAUGUUGUACAACACCAACGACAGCUGGCAAAAGAAAGUCCUCUCUUCAAUAACAUCAACAAUGCCUAAAACGGUUUCUAAAACAUUUUCUUUAUGUUCUUCUAUUAUUCUGAAACCAAUAACUCCUCAAAUAUUCGAAAUACAUUACAUGAACUGCAGGAGAACAGUUCUUUAUCAACCUUUAGAUGGGGGUAAGUGAAGAUAAAUCCUCAAACCUGAUUAAAACAUAAAAAAAUAACAUUUACAUGACUUGAAAAAAGAGAUAAAACAAAAAAAUGAGCUUAUGGCACAGGAAACUAAUAAUCGUUCACGUUUAGACAUUCCAACCCAUAUUCACCAUGAUAAACAAGUGAAUAACUCGUUAUUUUCAUCGACUUACAACGUCAAUUUCAACAAAUAUCUGUAA